GAGAGACGGCCCAUCGGCCCGAAAUUGUUUCCAUCGCGCGGCUGCUCCUCCCUCGUGUCUCCCACUCCGCUCCGCUCCGCCCCCAUUCCCCUCCCCUCCGGCGAGAGGCGAACCGAAUCCAUGGGGAGCUCCUCCAACACCAACACGAGCGGCGGUGGCAGCGACAAGGACGACAAGAAGGAGGACAAGGGCAAGGGCAAGGACUCGGCGGAGCCAUCCUUCAAGGAGGGCGACAGGGUCCUCGCCUACCACGGCCCCCUCCUCUACGAGGCCAAGGUUCAAAGAAUCGAAAAUCUGGACGAUGAAUGGCGCUACUUCGUUCAUUACCUGGGCUGGAAUAAGAACUGGGAUGAAUGGGUCGCGAAUGAUCGCUUAUUGAGUUUGACGGACGAAAAUGUCCGCAAACAACAAGAGCUUGAAAAGAACCAGGUUGUUGACAAAUCAAUCAAGUCCGGACGGUCGACACAGCAUAAACAAAAAGGCUCCAAUGCAGAAGCAAAAGCUGAUAAAGAUGACACGAAGAGCCUUGUCAAGGGGAAGAAACGCAAGAGUCAGCCUGGGACUGAGGAGAAGGAAAGAAGAUCAUCAGAAAGUCUCCUAGUGUCACAGUUUCCUUUGACACUGAAGAAGCAACUUGUGGAUGAUUGGGAGUAUGUCACACAGAUGGGUAAGCUUGUAAAACUACCACGUUCUCCUACUGUUGAUGAAAUUCUAAAGAAAUAUUUGGAGCACCGGGCAAAGAAGGAUAGCAAGAUAAAUGACUCCUAUGCUGAGAUUUUGAAAGGAUUACGCUGCUACUUUGAUAAAGCAUUGCCGGCAAUGCUUUUGUAUAAGAAAGAGCGAGAUCAGUAUAAUGAAGAAGUUAAAGGUGACGUCUCACCCUCAACUGUAUAUGGAGCUGAGCAUCUAUUGCGUCUUUUUGUGAAAUUGCCGGAGUUACUUGCUUUUGUCAAUAUGGAAGAAGAUGCACUGAACAAACUACAGCAGAAAUUGCUGGACAUUCUCAAGUUUCUUCAGAAGAAUCAGAGCACCUUCUUCGUCACUGUGUACGAUGGUAACCGUAAAGGUGCUGAUGGAUCAAAAUCCAAAUGAUGGAUCUGAAUGUUCUAUUAUGUAACAUCUUUUGCUGGACUUGUUGUGUAGGUUUUAGUCUGGCAUUGUUGUUUGUUAUGGGUGUCAUUUAGGACUCUGCCAUAUGGACAGCAUUGACUAGUGUGCACUCAAAGUUGUAGGAUAGCUUCUGUAGAUGUGUGAAAUAUGGUGCCUGAACUGCCCUAUGCAUGUUGUAUUUUCUUGAGAUGUUGGGAACUAAGAUGGCUGAGUUGAAUUGUUGUUUUGAAGGUGGCGAAGGAGACUGAUGGAAGUCCAUCCCUACAAUGUUAUAUAGGGAUUGGGUUGUAUUACUGUCAUUAGAGUCCACCCUAAACAUGUUUGCAAUGGGCGAUUGUUUUUUUUAUGCACCCUGAUAAGUGAAGUAGCUAUUGUUUA